AUGGAUGCCGUAGCAUGUUCCCGCCAUUUCUCCACUCUUUCCCUUUCUUUCUCUCACAACAGAACCUUGCGUUCUUCUUCUGCCAAAUCAAUCAAGCUUUCCCCUCCAUCCGCCAACGCUUCUUUAUCUUCCAGAAACUGGUUCGCGAAAGAGGUAUGGGGUUGGGUGAACUCCAACUCCAAAGGCGUGGCCGUGAGAUGGGACUCGCGCGGAGUGGUGGUGAGGGCUGAAAUGUUUGGCCAAUUGACGAGUGGCCUUGAGACUGCAUGGAACAAACUCAAAGGAGAAGAGGUUUUGUCUAAAGAGAACAUUGUGGAGCCUAUGCGAGAUAUCAGGAGAGCUCUUCUAGAAGCGGAUGUUAGUCUUCCUGUGGUCAGAAGGUUUGUGCAGUCUGUCAGUGAUCAGGCUGUGGGUGUUGGUGUCAUUCGAGGGGUGAGACCAGAUCAGCAAUUGGUUAAGAUUGUACAUGAUGAACUUGUAAAAUUGAUGGGCGGAGAGGUUUCUGAACUGGUUUUUGCCAAAUCUGGGCCCACUGUCAUUUUAUUGGCUGGACUCCAGGGAGUUGGGAAGACAACCGUGUGUGCAAAGUUGGCAAAUUAUCUCAAGAAACAGGGAAAAAGUUGCAUGCUAGUUGCUGGGGAUGUCUACAGGCCUGCUGCUAUUGACCAGCUUUCCAUUUUGGGAAAACAGGUGGAUGUGCCUGUCUAUACAGCAGGUACCGACGUUAAACCUUCAGAAAUUGCCAAACAAGGUUUAGAAGAGGCAAAAAGGAAGAAAAUUGAUGUUGUUAUUGUUGAUACUGCUGGUAGGCUGCAGAUUGACAAGACAAUGAUGGAUGAGUUAAAAGAAGUGAAAAGGGCAUUGAAUCCUACAGAAGUGUUGCUAGUUGUGGAUGCAAUGACAGGGCAAGAAGCUGCAGCGUUGGUGACUACUUUCAAUCUUGAGAUUGGAAUAACAGGUGCCAUCUUAACAAAGCUUGAUGGUGAUUCAAGAGGUGGAGCAGCUCUGAGUGUCAAAGAGGGAAAUAUUGCAGAUUUUCUCAAAGAUAAACUUGGUGAACCUGUAUCUGGAAAGCCAAUUAAACUAGUAGGACGGGGGGAACGCAUGGAGGAUCUUGAACCUUUCUACCCUGAUCGGAUGGCAGGACGCAUACUAGGAAUGGGAGAUGUUCUUUCUUUUGUGGAGAAGGCACAAGAAGUUAUGCGUAAAGAAGAUGCUGAAGAACUGCAAAAGAAGAUCAUGAGUGCAAAAUUUGACUUCAACGAUUUUCUAAAGCAAACUCGUACUGUUGCCAAAAUGGGUUCUGUGUCUCGUGUCAUUGGAAUGAUUCCUGGUAUGGGGAAGGUUACUCCGUCUCAAAUUAGAGAUGCAGAGAAGAAUUUGCAGAAUAUGGAAGUAAUGAUAGAAGCAAUGACCCCUGAGGAGAGGGAAAAGCCAGAACUGUUAGCAGAAUCCCCUGUCAGGAGGAAAAGAGUUGCUCAGGAUUCAGGGAAAACAGAGCAGCAGGUAAGCCAACUUGUGGCUCAGCUUUUUCAAAUGCGUGUUCGUAUGAAGAACCUGAUGGGUGUAAUGGAAAGUGGAUCACUUCCAACACUUAGUAAUCUUGAGGAAGCGCUUAAAGUAGAGGAAAAGGAGGAGGAAGAGAUCGGAAUCAAGAAGUGUAUUCGUGGACUCAACAUCAGGAAGGCCAACUCCUCGUGGUUUUGGGAGCAAAAAUUGAAAAUCUCUGAAGGGUUCAACGCCAAAGAAUUGAAAGCCUGGAUCAACGGGUCAUUAGUGAUAAACUUGCUUGAUUUAGCUUUCUUCAGCUAA